AUGUACGACAGUAACACCUUCAGUAGCACUAGAAGCAAUAAUGGCGGCGGCGGCGAUGCCGCCGCCGCCGCAGAGAGCAGCAAACUAGGCGGCCCGACAGCUGCUGCGCCGACGGAAACGGUACGACUGUCCUCGAGUGCCGCUGCCGUACAUCCACUCCGCAGUGCCCUUUCCCCGCACUCCGCCAACUUCGCCGGCUCGUCCCCAUCCUCGUCACCAUCAUCGGGGACUUCUUCCUUUGCAAGCAUUAUUGCGCCCCAUCUUCCCAUGGAAGGUUCCCGUAGAAAUGACGAGGAGUACGGCGACGGUGACGUCGAUAGCGGAGGCGGAGGCGACGAAAGCGACGUACAGCAGAUUGCCGCCUGCAGCUCUUUCGACGGCGACGGCGACGCGAAAACUGCAAGCAGCGGGUCCGCUUCGCCACCGCCGUCGACUGCGUCGGCGAUCCAGAUUGCGCCAACAACGGUGCAGCCGGAGCCGCCGGAGCUGCGGGCGGCGCCGCCGCUGCCGCCGGCGGCGUUCCCCGGCGCGGCAGUACCGCUAGCAGCGGCGGCGGCGGCGGCGCUUCUGCCUCCCAGCCAGUUCCACCGCUACUUUGCACGGAUGUACGAAGCACAUGCUGAGGCGAUGGCGGAGCUAGCGGCGGCGGCGUCUGCGGUUCCGGCUCACGGCGGCGGCGGCGGCGAUGUAGCCGUCAACGACAGCGCCGACGAUGCCAUCCUUCGGAGCGCGGCGGAUUCAGAGCUAUGGCUGGCUGCGGCGGCGGCAGCGGCGGCGGCAGCGGCGGGGCCACCGCCACCGCCGCCCCCACCACCGCCGCCGCGGCAGCAUGCUCCGAUCAACGGUACCGCCGCCGCCGCCGCCGCCGCCGCUGGCGGUCAUCGCCACCGGUCCCACGGAAGCGGCGGCCAGUGCUGGACAUCGCUGGCAGAGUGGCGGCAGCGGAAUCUGUGGGAGAUUGAGGCGACGGAGGGGCUUGUGGCAAACCAUAACUUCAUACAACCACCUACGUACAAUCAAGCCGUACAACGCAACCGAUGGCACGACAUCUCGGCAUCGGCGUCACUGCCGCCGCCGCCGCCGCCGCCGGCGGCGGCGGUCCUACGGCAUUCAUUAAGCACCGGCAGAAGUCCUUACUGGCCUGCAGCUGCCGCCUGCACCUCCGCCGCGCGAGCAUUCACAGCGCCACCGCCGCCGCCGCCACCGCCAGUGCCGCUACCGACGCCGCCGCGGGGUCCUGCGCCAUCUGUCGUCGGCGCCGGCGGCGGGGCCACCGGGGCCAAUGUGCUCAGCCCUGCUGGGAAGAUGCUGUACAGGUUCUUUAGCCAACGGGCCGCCGGUGGCGGCGGCGUUUGCGGCGGUGGUGGUGGUGGUGGUGGCGGCGGUGGUGACGUUGGCGGCAGUGCGAUUGACGGUACCGGUGGCGGCGGCGCCGGCGGAGCUGACGGCCGCGAAAUCGCGGCGGCGGCGGCGGUGGCGGCGACGGGCGGUUGUUUUACCGUAUUUUCCACAUCGGAGGCAGUGAUGGCGCUUCAGGACAACGAUGGAAUUGAGGUUCGGACUUCGAGUCCUGCUGCCGACACAGCUGCUGGUUCUCCUGCUUGUGAUGAUGAAGCUGCUACACCUGCUGCGAGUGCUGCUGAUGCGAUAUGCAUGUUCGGUGCCGGGAAAGACUGCAUAGUGCGGAAGCAUGCAAACGCCGCCGAUGUCACUGUGUACGACAUAUACAACGCCGAUGGUCAACGUGUGCACUCAUCGCCGGUGGGUUUCUACGACGAUUCGGACCUGGCGGCCCUGUCGUAUCUGCCGUACCUUGGCCUCAAUGACGGUUUCUCGGCGGACGCGCAAGUACACGGGUUACAGUACGGCGGCGGCGGCGGCGGCGGCGGUGUUGGUGGUGGUGUUCGCUCACGGCCAAUGGAUGGCGCGUAUGAGUCAUUGCACGGCGCGUCGCCAUAUUCGCAUCCGUUGUACGGCGGCGGCAGUGUCUUUGCGUCACCGACGUCGAACCAUCCUGCGUCGCCGCCGCUGCACGGCGGAGAGCGAGGUCGCGGCGGCGGCGGCGGCGGCGGCGGAUUCAUGCCUGGCGACGGCCCGACCGGCGGCGGUAUCCGUGGCGGCGGCGGCGGCGGCGGUGGCGGCUGUCUGCGGUUGGAGUCCCUGUUUGGUCGCCUGGUGACUUUGAGCUGCGACCAGCAAGGCAGCCGGGUGGUGCAGCGGCUACUGUGCUCGGCACACAGCGAGCAGCACAGUCGAGUAACGAGUAAAUAUGGAAUGUACGAACAAAUGUACGGCACACAGGUCGGUCGCUGCUUGGACGAGCUGUUGCCGUGCAUGAUGGAAGUGGCAUGCCACCCGUACGGCAACUACGUACUGCAGCAGUUAAUGACUGUUGGCGGCUCCCGGCACAAGCUGCGGAUUUGCGGGGUUCUGGCAGGGCAUAUUCUGGAACUCUCCUUCGACCCGUACGGCUGCCGUGUCGUACAGAAGCUCCUGGAGGUGGUUCCGGAGGAGCAAGCUGCUGCUGCGGUUUCGGAGCUUGACGGUGCUGUUAUGCGUUGUGUACGGGACAAGAUCUUCCUGGUGGAUGGACUGCAGGACGCAACUCAGCUUGGAGGCCACGAGUACGGCAAUUACGUCAUGCAGACGCUGGCGCAGGUCGCCGCACCUCCCGUACGGUCGGCGCUUACGGCGGCUCUGGCGCCGCACUCCGUGCGCUUGGCGUGCUGUCGACACGGCAGUCCCGUACUGGAAGCCGUACUCAAGUACGGCAGUGAUGCAGAUCGGGAGGUGCUCCUAACGGCAUUGCUCGGGGCACCUGAGGCGGGGAGCACCGCCGGCGGCGGCGGCGGCGGCGGGAGUAGCUCGUACCAAUCCGGCCGUCGUACGGCACGAGACGCGUCGGCUUCCCCCUCCUCCGGAAGCCAGGUUGACAGCGAGGUGCCGUACACCCGGGGUUCCCUGCUACUGCCAGUAGCUCACGGCGGCGGCGGCGGCGGUGGCGGUGGCGGCAGUGGUGGCGGCGGCGGAAGGGCGCUUCGACUUGCAUGCGACCCCUUCGGGAACUACGUCUUGCAGAGGUGCUUCCAGGUUUGUAACCCGGCUCAGCAGGCCCGAGUGGCCGCCGCCCUGCUCCCCAUCAUCCCCGAGCUCACCACUCGCUGCAACCAGAGCCACCAUCCCGGCAUGGCGGCGCUGCUGGCUAGGCUGCAGGGGGCAGGCACGCAGCCCGCUACAAACGUUGGUAACUGGCAAGCUGCAGCUGCGGGCGCCGUCGGUGCCGUUGGCGGCAGCGGCGACGGCGGCGGCGGAGGUGACGUUGGAAGCCCCAGGAGCAUGCUACGUGCGGCGCACGGCGGGGGCAGCGCCAGCUUCGCCAGUAGCAGCAACGUCAGCGUCAAUGGAGCCCUCGGGAGCGCCGGCAGUAGCGCUGGCGGAUGUGGAUCUCAGGCCGCGGCGGUGUCAGCGACGGCGGCGGCGGCCGCUGCUGCUGCCGUCGGCGGCGCGGUGGCGGCCGUUGGCACCGGGGCGCCUACAGGCUCUGGGGCGGCAAGGAUGACGCUGACGCCGACCCCCGAGGUGGUGACGUCAGACGUUGCCGCCGGCGACGCAGAAGCCGCGGCUGCCGCCGCGGCUGUAGCAGUGGCGGCGGCGGCGCGCGCUUUGAGCCUGGAAGAAUGGGCUUUGGCGGCGGCAGCAGGCGUCGAUGCUCCCCAUCCUGUUUCGUUUGGCGGUGGUGGCGGCGGCGGCGGCAAUGGGUUGCAGCCAUUCAUUAUCGAUGGUACGGCAUACCUGCCGCCGGCUCCAACGCAAUUGCUUAGCACCGGUCCAGAGCCAGUCCAUGCAGCAGCAUGGGAGAGAGGAGGGGACGGCGGCGAUCGUACCACGGCCUCUGCAGCAGCGGCGGCGGCGGCGGCGACUGCGAAUCGCGACCAUGGAUUGGCGGCAGGACGCCUGCUUCUGCGCACCUUGAGCCGCGUUGCGAGCAGCGACGCCGCCAGUGGCUGUAGCGGUGGCGGCGGCGGUGGCGGCGGCGGUGGCGGCGCAGUCACCGCCGUGUCAGAGGAGACGGACGACGACGCCGUACUGUCCGACGAGAGUGUCCUGGCCGUCCUCCGAGCACUGGGGCUGGCGCCUGUGGGUAGUGGCAGGCGACUGCAGCUGUAG